CUUACACUGGAAAAAAUUUUCGAGUAAUGCACAUAUGUAUAUUGAAGUAUAUAUGGAUACGCACAUAUAUAUCUACACAUUCAAAUUUGGAACCAUAUAAACAUAUGAGUAUCUGCGGGCGUAUACCAGCAGAUGUUGCACACCAUAAUAUUUUUCUGACGCCGAACUGUCAGAUACCGAAUAUCCAAAAACGUAUUGAACCACCACAAUUUAGAAGAAAUAAUUUUUAUUUAUUUAUAUAUAUGUACAAGUAUAUUGGCUGAAUAGAAAGCGCGGGUGCCAGUGAAGAAUAUAUGUAACUCGUGCAAGACAAGAGAAUCGUCAAUGCUGCCGACCGGUUCUGGAUACACUCGUACAUUUACCAAACAAAAACUUGGCCGCACCUCAGAGAGUCUACUCAGUUUGUGUAAAACAGUCGCGCCGCUUCUAACAGUUGAGGAGCGCUAACAAAAAGUUGAACUGUUAAGGAAUAACUACGUGAAGACUACGAAGUAAAUAUCGCUUGAGUAUUAAAAUACUUUUAUUGAAAAUAAUGUAAAACUAACUAAACAAUUUCCUUAAUGAAAGUGGAGUGAAACAAAUUUUACUUAUAAGUCUUAACAAAAUACUUCAUAAAAAAGUUCACGAAUAAUUUGCGAAAUGGCUAACGAGGUUCCUGCAAAAGGCAGCAUCUUAGGAAAAUGCUUACCCGCCCGUUACAUACUAGCGGUGCUUGGAUCUUGUGGUAUGGCCAUAAUUUACGGUCUCAAAGUAAACCUCAGUGUUGCAAUGGUAGCAAUGUUAAAUCAUACCGCCAUUGAGGCUGGACAUAGUGUUGCUCGUGAAGUUCAUAAUAUGAGCUUUAAUUCUAUGUCACAAGAAGAGGUAUGCCAUAAGCCUGGUAAUGGAAAUGUAACCAAACAAGAGGAAGGACCCUUUGUGUGGAGUGAAGGUAUACAAGGAACUCUGUUGAGCUGCUACUUUUGGGGUUAUUUGGUGUCGCAAAUGCCAAGUGCACGAGUAGCCGAAAAGUUUUCUGCAAAAUGGGUGAUGCUCUUUUCAGUUGGUAUUAAUGUAAUUGCAACCUUGCUCACACCGGUUAUGACAAAAUCCCACUAUGCCGGUUUAAUUGUAAUGCGUGUUCUGGAGGGCAUAGGUGGUGGAGCAACUUUUCCAGCUAUGCACUGCAUGAUCGCUGCUUGGGCACCACCCAAUGAGCGCUCGGUCAUGUCGACUAUAAUAUAUGUGGGAACUUCUUUUGGUACGGCUAUUUCCAUACUUUUAGCUGGUGUUUUGUCGGCACGAUGGGGCUGGGAAUCGGUAUUUUACUGGAUGGGCGGCUUAAGUGCAUUCUGGAUGAUCUUAUGGAUAUUCCUCAUACAAGACAACCCGAAUAAACAACGAUUGAUCAGCCCAGAAGAGCGCCAAAUGAUAACUUCACAGUUAGGAACCGAAAAUACCGCAUCAAACGUGGACCACCCACCUGUACCGUGGAAAAAAGUAUUGACAUCAAUACCGUUUUGGGCUAUUUUAAUUGCUCAUUGUUGCAGUAAUUGGGGUUGGUAUAUGUUUCUCAUCGAAAUACCUUUCUAUAUGAAACAAGUUUUGAAAUUCGAUGUUUCAAGUAAUGCCCAGUUCAGCGCACUGCCUUACUUUCCAAUGCUAGUUUUAAGCAUCUUAUUGGGUAAAACUCUGGACACAUUGAAAGCCAAAGGGAAAAUUACUACCACUACUGCGCGCAAAACUGCGACAAGUAUAUGUACAAUCAUACCCGGUGUUUGCCUUUUAGCAUUGUGCAACAUCGGUUGCAAGCAUACAGCAGCUGUUAUAAUCAUGACAAUCGGAAUCAUUGGUAUGGGUGGCAUGUUUUCUGGAUUCCUUUCAAAUCACAUUGAUAUUGCUCCUAAUUACGCUGGUACACUGGUCGCAAUUACCAACACUGCUGCAACGAUUCCAGGCAUCAUAGUUCCAAUAUUUGUCGGCUUAAUUACAACUAAUAACCAAACCAUUGGGGCUUGGCGUAUAAUUUUCUAUGUAACUAUAGUCCUUUUCGCUAUCGAGUUCUUGGUAUUUGUAAUAUUUGGCUCAGGCGAAGAGCAAUCUUGGAAUAAGAUUGAGAAAAAAGAAGCAAAGGACGAAUCGACGCCAUUGAAGUCUCAACCACUAAAGGACAAUGUCUGAAAAUUUUCAACACCCGAAAAUACAAUGAAUUUAAGUUAUCUUAGUUGUUGUUAAUUUUACAUCUAUUUAAAAUUAGUUGCAUGCAUUGGCAUACAUUUAAAUAUAAAUACCAAUACCUUCAUUAAUUUCAUUAUAUGACGUACAUACAUAUGUAUAUAAAUAUAUGUACUUUUCAUGGCAAAGAUAUCGAAAUUCCUCAAAGUGUUAUAUCUUAAAAACCUUUAAAUUGUAUUUGCUAAAGAAAAUGGGCAUUAAACAAUUAUAUACCACGUAUAUAUGUAUGUAUAUACACAUAUUUACAUUUAGCCCCAAAAUUGUUUUUGUUUUUUCUAAAUAAGAUAGGCUUCUAUUAAGUUAGUGAUAGUAGUUAGUAGUAAACAUAGUACGUACAUGGCAAAUCUGUUGUAGGCAUUUCUAUCAAGUUAUUGCACUUAUCAAAUAGAAUAUACAUACAUACAUCUGCAUGUUUUCAAACAAAACUUAUUCAUUAAAUCUGGUAUCCACAGAGAUAUUAAAAAGUAUUUCCCGGCAAGGAAUA